CCAUUAUUCCCUUCUGACCCGCAAUGCUGUCUGCAUCAAAUCUGCCCUUCCCCUUUUAUUUUCCAACCCCCUUUUGAAUCUCCCUUUAUAUAUUUACAGUACACCUCCCAAACCAAACCACAACCCACUUCAAAUUUAAGCUUUCCCUUGGCCUGCAUGCUCUCAGUUUCCCUUCCAAAUUACCACUGCUGCUGACUUUGUUUUGCUCUGUUCCAAAAAACCCUUCAAUUUGCUCUUUCUUGUGCUGAGUCUCUACAUUACAUUGUUUCAAUUUUCUAGAAAUUCCCAGAUCAUGUAGUUUAGGUGGUUUAGUUCUUACUUGGGUUGCCACUUCUUCAAAUUGUGGCAAUCUCUUGCACCCAGCAGCUUACUGCAAACUACUAGCAACACCCAUUAGGGCCCGGGCAGGGUACAGCAGAGCAAAGUGUUGUUCUUAAGAGAAGGAAGCAUGGAAGAGACAUUUGUGCCUUUCCAGGGAAUCAAGAAUGAUCUCAGAGGAAGGUUGCUGUGCUACAAGCAAGAUUGGACUGGUGGCUUCAAAGCAGGAUUCAGGAUUUUGGCUCCAACCACUUACAUAUUUUUUGCUUCAGCAAUCCCAGUCAUUUCAUUUGGCGAGCAGCUGGAGCGAAAUACUGAUGGAGUUUUGACAGCAGUGCAAACCUUAGUUUCUACGGCAGUUUGUGGGAUCAUACACUCCAUCAUAGGAGGUCAACCCUUGCUGAUUUUAGGUGUGGCCGAGCCUACUGUAAUUAUGUACACCUUCAUGUUCAAUUUUGCCAAAGAACGAGCAGACUUGGGUCCAAAGCUCUUUCUAGCAUGGAGUGGAUGGGUAUGCGUGUGGACAGCUGCCUUGCUGUUCUUAUUGGCUAUAUUGGGCGCUUGUUCCAUAAUCAAUAGGUUCACCCGAGUAGCCGGAGAGUUGUUUGGUUUACUUAUUGCUAUGCUCUUCAUGCAGCAAGCCAUUAAAGGACUUGUGGAUGAGUUUCGCUUACCGCAAAGAGAAGAUACUAGUUUACCACAAUUUGUACCUUCAUGGAGGUUUGCAAAUGGGAUGUUUGCUUUGGUCUUGUCAUUUGGCCUUCUUCUCACUGCAUUGAAAAGUAGGAAAGCAAGGUCAUGGCGCUAUGGCUCUGGUUGGCUUAGAGGCUUUGUAGCAGACUAUGGUGUGCCACUUAUGGUUCUAGUGUGGACUGGUGUAUCUUACAUACCAACUAGUACCGUUCCACAUGGAAUCCCAAGGCGCCUUUUUAGCCCAAACCCAUGGUCACCUGGUGCAUAUGAUAAUUGGACUGUCAUUAAGGACAUGCUCAAUGUUCCCAUCCUCUAUAUCAUUGGAGCUUUCAUUCCAGCAACAAUGAUCGCGGUGCUUUACUAUUUUGAUCACAGUGUAGCAUCCCAACUAUCUCAGCAGAAAGAGUUCAAUUUAAGAAAACCAUCUUCUUACCAUUAUGACUUGCUUCUUUUGGGGUUUCUGACUUUAAUGUGUGGUCUGCUCGGAAUUCCUCCAUCAAAUGGAGUCAUCCCACAGUCACCAAUGCAUACAAAGAGUUUGGCUACUCUCAAACAUCAAUUGCUUCGUAAUCGACUUGUAGCAACAGCACGCAAAAGUAUGAGAAAGAAUGCUAGCUUGGGACAGCUGUAUGGAAAUAUGCAAGAAGCCUAUCGACAAAUGCAGACGCCUUUGAUUUACCAAGAGGCCUCAGCUCGGGGACUGAAUGAAUUAAAAGAAUCGACCAUUCAGGCAGCUUCAAGUAUGGGAAAUUAUAUUGAUGCGCCAGUUGACGAGACAGUGUUUGACGUCGAGAAAGAGAUUGAUGAUCUAUUGCCGGUUGAGGUGAAAGAACAGCGUCUUAGUAACUUGCUUCAAGCUAUACUGGUGGGAGGAUGUGUUGCAGCUAUGCCCAUCCUAAAAAAGAUCCCAACUUCAGUCCUUUGGGGCUACUUUGCCUUCAUGGCCAUUGAAAGCUUACCCGGUAACCAAUUUUGGGAAAGGAUCUUAUUGCUGUUUACUGCUCCAAGUAGAAGAUACAAAGUCCUCGAGGAGUAUCAUGCCACUUUUGUAGAAACUGUGCCUUUCAAGUCAAUCGCGCUGUUUACAGUUUUCCAAACUCUGUACUUGCUUGUAUGUUUUGGGCUUACUUGGGUUCCAAUUGCUGGGGUUAUGUUUCCAUUGAUGAUCAUGCUCUUGGUUCCUGUAAGACAAUACGUUCUGCCCAAGUUUUUCAAAGGAGCACAUCUUCAAGACUUGGAUGCAGCAGAGUAUGAAGAGGCUCCUGCUUUACCAUUUAACCUUGCAACGGAGGCAGAGCUGGGAGCUGGAGCAUCCUAUGCAGGGGAUGCAGAGAUAUUAGAUGAGGUUAUGACCAGAAGCCGAGGUGAGUUUAGACAUGUUAGCAGUCCAAGGAUCACAAGCUCUACUUCAACACCAGGAAAUGCCCCUAAAAUCCUCGAGAGCCCACAUUCCUUCAGUCCUCGUGUGAACGAGCUAAGAGGAGAACGAAGUCCUCGUUCUGGUGGAAGAGGGCCAAACAGUCCAAGGACACCCGGAUCUUCUUCAAUUCUGGGCAAGAGUCCUAGUAACAACACAACAUCAUGAUACCUGUGUAUUUCGGCAAACCUUUAAUUAAGAAGUUAUAGACUGCUUUGAUCACCAUUUUCAUUCCACCGGUUUGCUUUGUUUUCUUUAGUUUGGCUUCUUUGUAAAAAAAGGUUUUCCUUUUGCUUUCCCAGGUGGGAAUCGUAAUCAUAGCACAUUAGCAUUGUGUUUAUUUCUUGUAACAUUAAUUAUACCAGUGAAUGUCUUCGAUCUGACUCAUGUACGUUCCUCCCUCAUCAAUCGAAAAUGCCAUAAUUUAUUUGUUU